GCGGCGGGGAGAGGCGGCAGCCGAGGCGGCAGCCGGAGCGGGGCACCCGGAGCAGAAAGCCUUUUUCCACAAUGAAUGCACCGAAUAAAACGAUAGAAGUACAGCUGCAAAUGAAGCAAAAUGCUGAAGAGCUGCAGGAUUUUGUGAGAGAAUUGGAGAGCUGGGAAAAAGAUAUUAAAGAAGUGGAUUCUGAACUAAGGAAGCAGAGUGGGGUCCCAGAAGAGAAUUUACCACCAAUUCGAAACAAGGCUUUUAAGAAAAAGAAGAAAAGCAAAAGUAAAGUCCCUUCAAAGAUAACCUCUGAAGAAAACAAGAAAAACAAGAUCAAGUCUUAUGAUUAUGAAGCAUGGGGAAAACUUGAUGUGGAUAAAAUACUUGAAGAACUCGAUAAAGAAGAUAGUACUCAUGAUUCUGUAUCUCCGGAAUCAGACUCUGAAGAAGAUGGAAUUCGUAUAGAUGCAGAAAAGGCUCUUGCAGAGAAGGAAAAGGGUAAUAACUACUUUAAACAAGGAAACUUUGAUGAAGCUAUAAAAUGCUAUACUAGAGGGAUGCAUUCUGAUCCAUACAAUCCAGUAUUGCCCACAAACAGAGCAUCGGCUUUUUAUAGAAUGAGAAAGUUUUCUGUUGCGGAAUCUGAUUGCAAUUUAGCACUUGCUUUAGAUAAAAAUUACGUUAAGGCUUAUGUGAGAAGAGGGGCCGCUCGCUUUGCUUUGAAAAAUCUUCAAGGUGCUAAAGAAGAUUAUGAAAAAGUUUUGGAGCUGGAUGCAAAUAAUUUUGAAGCUAAAAAUGAACUGAAGAAAAUUGAUCAGGCUCUGUCAUCAAAAGCAAGUUCAGAACAGAAAGAGUUUGAAGAUGUCAGAACAGGAUUAACAGACGGAGAGAAGCAGUGCAUUGAAGAGCAGCAGCUCAAGCAGAAGGCUAUUGCAGAAAAAGAUCUGGGUAAUGGUUAUUUCAAAGAAGGAAGGUAUGAGGCUGCAAUAGAAUGUUACACCCGUGGUAUCGCAGCAGAUGGCACUAAUGCGCUGCUGCCAGCUAACAGAGCCAUGGCCUACCUAAAGAUUGAGAAAUAUGAAGAGGCAGAAAAUGACUGUACACAAGCUCUGCUCUUAGACGCCUCGUAUUCUAAAGCUUUUGCCAGAAGAGGAGCUGCCAGAGUUGCUCUUGGAAAGCUAAAAGAAGCUAUGCAAGAUUUUGAAGCUGUUCUGAAGCUGGAACCUGGAAAUAAACAAGCAAUGAACGAACUUGCUAAAAUAAGGAAUGAAUUAACUGAGAAAGAACAGCGAACUCAUCAAGAAUAUCCUGCGGUAUUGAUAAAAGAAACAGAAAUAAAAAAUAUAGUGAAACUGAUUGAUGACCCAUUACAGAUUAAAACAACAAAGCCAUUGCGAAGAAUAGAAAUUGAAGAAGUUGAUGAUGAUGAUACACCAGAUGGGGACUUGCCCAGCACUACUUCUGUAGUCAAUGACUGGAGGAAUUCAGUGAGUGUUGAAAGAACAGAGACUCUAGAUCAGGAUGAUCUCUUGGCUACAACAGAUAUUCCAAAAGCAAAGCACCUGAAAAUAGAAGAAAUCAGUGAUACAUCACCAUUAAAGCUUCCUGUUAGCGUGAAAGGAAUUUCAUCAACAUUGCAUUCAGCUUCCCCUGCAAGCAAACAGAGAGAAAAAGAUAUCAGAAGGUCAUUUAUGUCUGCUUCUCCAGUUCCUGCUGUUCCUGCAAACUCUUUCCAGCUUGAGUCUGACUUCAGGAAGUUGAAAGACUGCCCAGAAAACAUGUACUUGUACCUGAAGCAAAUAGAACCCUCGCUUUAUGCAAAGCUGUUUCAGAAAUCCUUAGAUCCAGAUUUGUUUAACCAGAUACUGAAAAUUCUACAUGAUUUCUACAUUGAGAAAGAGGAGCCAUCACUCAUCCUUGAAAUCCUCCAAAGGCUCUCUGAAUUAAAAAGAUUUGACAUGGCAGUAAUGUUUAUGUCAGGCUCAGAGAAAAAAAUUACACAGGUAUUAUUCAAUCAUGUGAACCACAUGGGAUUAAAAGAUGCUUCUGUUGAAGAAUUGAAGAAGAAAUAUGGCAUUUUCUCUUAGUAAGAUGACUGACGUGUAAAUUUCCAUUUCUUCACUUUUUUCAUGUGGAAAUCAGUUAAGAAAUGUAAAAAGACUGGAAUUUUGUUGCUUUUUAUAAAUGAAACUCUUAAACUUGGUUUAACCAAAUGGUAAGUGCCUGAAGAGAGAAUUAUUUAGUUCUGCAGGUACAGUUGCAACAAUACAGUUGAAACAAUACAAUUGAAACAGUACAGAUAUACGUUUUCUUCAGCAGCAUCUCUUUACCUGAGAAACAGUUGAGCAAAUUGGCAUUCAGGAUUUGGACUGUAGAUAGAGAUCUUUAUUAAAAAGAAAAAAAAUUAUAAACAUGUCUUUGGUAAGAAUCAAAUGUUGUAUAUUAGAAAUGUGCAUGUUUUUUUAUUUUAGAAAAUAAAAAAUGUUGAACUGAA